AUGGCUACCCGAAAACCCCUCUCAGAGGUCCUUCCCCCUCUAAUCCUCGGAACCGCAACAUUCAACAUCCAAUACCACCCCGACCCAACACACAUGCCAUACACAGACAUCGUCCGCCAAGCCCUCUCCCAUAACAUCCUCGGCUUCGACACAUCCCCCUACUACGGUCCCUCCGAACUCCUCCUCGGCGACGCCCUGCGCAAACUCACACCUCCACCGCCCAGAGAGGGAUACUUUAUCAUUACAAAAGCCGGGCGCAUCGCAAGCGACCAGUUUGACUAUUCGCCCGCUUGGAUAAACUACAGCGUGUGUCGCAGCUUGGAAAGACUCGGAACACCGUACCUUGAUCUUGUCUACACGCAUGAUGUCGAGUUUGUUUCUCCAGAGGAAGUGCUGGCUGCUGUGCUCGAGCUGCGACGGUUGAGGGAUCUGGGUCUGGUGCGAUAUGUGGGUAUUAGCGGGUAUCCUGUUGAUACGCUUGCUUCUCUCGCAGAAAUGAUCUUGCGCGAGACAGGAGAGCCUUUGGACGCAGUCAUGUCCUACGGCAACUUCUGCAUACAAAACAGUAAACUCGGCAACCAAGCACUACUCGAUCGCUUCAAGGCUGCUGGCGUGGAAUGCCUUCCCAACGCCAGCAUGCUCAACAUGGGCCUUUUGACCACGAGGGGCAUUGAUGCAGGUCCUCAGCGCUCCUGGCACCCCGCGCCCCAAGAACUCCGCGAUCUCUGUCUCCAUCUCUCCACCAUAGCCCAAGAAUCAGGCGAGCACCUCGAAGAAGUAGCCAUCCGUUGGUCCUUGGACAACUGGGCGCGCGUCGGCUCUCAAUUCGGCACAAACGUAGACGGCACCCGGAUAGGCGUUAGCGUAAUGGGCGUUUCCAGCGUUGACGAGCUAGAAGAGACAUGGGCGCUAUGGAACAGUGUCUUGAGUGAUGAUGCGCGCAAAGCCAAGAUUGAAAAGAUUGUACGGGGGAAAAUGUGGCCUGCGCUUGGAGAGUGGAAGGAUUAUGCGUGGGAGAGCGGUGGUCCUGGGUUUGUGAACCAGAGAGCUGUGGAGGAUAUGGGGGUUGUGCCGAGGGAUGAUGUUGCGAGACGAUGGAGGCUUAUACCCGGUGGAUUGGACACGGCCAAGAUUUGA